AUGGAUGCAGGCGCUGGGGUGCUGGGGACCGGCGGUUGCCGCCGAUGUGGUCGUCAUGACGAGACCACGGCCCAUGUGCUUUGUCACUGUUUACCGUCCAUGGCCGUGGUCACGAAGCGUCAUGACGCCGUCCUUGGCCUCCUCGCGGCAUCUAUCCGACCUUCACCUGGGGGUGAGGUGCGCCAGAACCAGCGGGUACCUCUCGACCAGCUGCUGCCUGAACGUGUUGUCCCAGACAACUUGGCUCGCCUCCGGCCUGACUUGGUGGUCAUCGACCGUGACCGUAAAUUAAUUAAAUUGGUCGAUGUCACCAUGCCGUACGAGGACGGAUGGCAGUCCAUUAUUGACGCACGGGAGAGGAAAUACGCCGCAUAUGAUCCCCUCGCCCAGACUCUCCGAGCCGGCGGCUUCCAUGUCACCGUGGACGCCUUUGUUGUCGGCUCUCUGGGCGCGUGGGACAAAGCCAAUUGGGGGACCCUGGCCCGACUAGGUGUUUCCCGGCAAUAUAGUGUGGCCCUCUCCCGUAAGUGUGUCUCCACUACCAUCCGCUGGAGCCGGGACAUAUACGUGCAGCAUAUUACGGGUGUGCGACAAUAUAGCCCAUAG